CCGAAACGUCAAAUACAUGCGACAAUUUUUUUGUUUAGCUAAGUAGCUAAAUAAGAGUGUUUAAGAUAAGUGUCUAAUGGGCGUUACGACUACGAUAAAUUGCGAAAGUAAUGGCUGACUAUUGGAAAUCCCAGCCCAAAAAAUUCUGCCAAUAUUGCAAGUGCUGGAUUGCUGACAAUAAGCCUAGCAUAGAAUUUCAUGAGAGGGGAAAAAAUCACAAACAAAAUGUUGCCGCCAAAAUCGAAGAGAUUAAAAAGAACAGCACUGACAAAGCCAAGAAGGAAGAAAAAAUGUCUAAGGAGUUUGCUGCAAUGGAAGAAGCUGCUUUGGAAGCCUACAAAGAAGACAUGAAACGGAUGAGAGCAGAAGCAGAACCUUCUGUUCAGGCUAAAACCAAACCUGAAAAAUUUGAGGUUGAAGGUGGUGCAGAACCUGACAAGAGUAAACCUGGCGACUGGGUGCAGGGUACAACUAAUAAUGGACAAAUUUACUACUACAACACAACAACUGGAGCAUCUCAGUGGGAGAAGCCAGAAGGGUUUCAAGGUCAAAGUGAAUCUUCAGCAAAAGACCAAACUGGGACAGUAAGUAUGUGGAUGGAAGCUACAAGCCCAGAGGGAUAUUUGUACUAUUAUAACACAGAAACUGGAGAGUCUACAUGGGAAAAGCCAUCUGUGAUUUCUCCUAAAGAGGAACACCCAUCUGAAACAAAUGUGCAACACAAGGUUCAGAGUAUGCCUGAGUCAGAAUCCCUCUCUGGCAAAGAUGGUUUGGAUUCCAAACAUCCCCGAACUCCUAAAAUUAGCUUCAGGAAAAGAAAGGAAGAAGUGACAGUAUCAGGGAAUGAUGAAAAAGAAACUAAGGGAGAAGAUUUGCAAGAGUCUGCCACUGAAAAAAAAGAACCUGCUGCAAAGAUAUUUAGAAAGGCAAACCCAUAUGGUGACUGGGAACAGAUUCUGGAGGAGGAGGAGAUUGACCCAUAUGAAAAUGUGGAUUUACAGUUGCCACAGAAGUUAAGUGGAGACUCUACAUCUUCAUCCUCUGAUGUGCCCACAGAGGUCAAAACUAAGUUCAAGGAACGCAUCGUCACCUCUCUGGGAGAUGAAGGUGACUUGGGAGCCCUAUUCAAAAAAAGGAAGCCAGAGAAUGGAAAACCCAGGAGCCUUCGGCAAAGAGGAAAGGACGAUUGAGAUUUCUAUGCAUAUUUAAAUAGUCUACUAUUAAUGCAUAAUUUAGACUUCACUGCUCUCAUCACUCAUGGAAAGCUUUAGAUAGUGUAUUUGUUAGCUGAUUUGUGGUGUGUAUUUUUUUUUUUUAUUGUUAUUAUAAAAAGUUUUUUACUCUGACAAUCAGAACUUUCCUGUUGAUAUUUAUAUAUCCUUUCUUAUUCAAGAAACACAACACAAUGAAACUAUACAUUUAUACAGUAUCAUGCAAAUGUCUUAGACACCAUGUGUUUUAGUACAAACCUUUUUACAUAUGUUUUCAUAUCAGUAUUGCCAAACAUUUAUAAACAUUAGUAUUCCAGGAAAAAAAAUAAAUCUGCAGGCCAGAAAAGAACGCAGCAUAUUUAUGUAAAAGACCACUUUUAGAAAAGAAAAAAAAUGAGUUUUGCUUGCAAGAAAACUGAAGCAGGUGUGACAGUGUUCUGCAGAAUGUUCAGUAAGUAACUAUGCAGCUAAUUUUUUUUUAUAGAAGGGUCGGCACACCAAUUAUUCACUUUGUUUUAUUAAGUACUAUUUACUGCUUUUUUAAUAGUAUUUUUGGAAUGUAGGACAUCCUUGAGAACAUCCUUCAGUUAUUUGCAUAUGCCUGAUUUUUGCAGAGUAUAGAUCCAGUACUAAGUAAAAGUCUUAGGCAGUAUAUUCUCAAAUUUUGUUAUACAGUAGAUGUCUGCUUUGUUUGCUUUAUGUACAAAAUCAUUUAAUAUUUCUAAACAUUACUUAAAAAUGUAUAAAUAAAAUUACAGAAGAAUAUUGGCAUGCCAACAUAUUCCAUGACAGACCAGUUUUCAGAUUGAAACAAAAAUGUAAUGUAACCUCCUGUAUUUUGGAUGGGAAUACAAAGGAGCAAGUGUGACAAAGUUUGCCCCAAAUGUAUUCUACAACAAGACAAUGACCCGAAUAUUUAGCAAAGAACUCAUCAUUCAGUGUCAUAAAGAACUAUCCUUCAGUGUAGAGAAGAACAAAGAGUCCGGGAAGUGAUGGUUUAUCCCCCACAGAAGCCCAAUUUCAAAAUCGUUGAGGGAGUCUGGGUUUACAUGAAGUGACAGAAGGAUGUAAGGCAGCCUAUGGCCAGAGACUUUUUGUGGUUAGUUCUCUAAGAUGUUAGGAAUAAGAUGCCUGCCAAUUUUCAAACAUUAUGUGCAAGUGAUUUUAUUUGGAUUUUCCUUUUGUUCAUUUACCUUCCUCUUUGUUAAUUGAUAAAAACAAACUAUUUACACUGUACACUACAGGACCACAAAAUCUUUACUAAACAUCUCCACACCAACCCCCCACAUCUUACUACUUUUGGAUUUUUUUCAGGGUUAAUAAAACAUCGAUCUAUCAGCUGUAGAUAUCUAUAAAAAUGUGUCCUGGGAAGGUUAAACUUUUGUACAAGUUGAUCAAAUGAGUUAAAGAUAUUGUCAAUGUAAAGGUCAUAUAAUGGCAUGACACUGCAUUUAAACCAUGCUGCGAAAGCAUUAUCCACAUAGGACGGAGCAAACCUAUAGUGCCCAUUCAGCGGUGCUAUCAAAAAUAGAUCAGUAAGCCUAAAAUGAUGCUGAAACUAAUUUUAAAUUUUUACGGAGUGUAUAACCAGUGGGUAAAACAAAAUGUGGGUUGUUUUUGUGGAAAUUUCGCACAUAAUAAUGAUGAGAAAGAUACCAAUCCCAUUUAUGCUUCCUCUAUAGGAACCCAGAUGGGAGGAUUGACAUACUGUGCCCUGAAUAACAUUGCCCUUACAUUAGCAGCCCAAUAAUAAAGAAAGUUUGGAAUGCUAUUUCUCCUAAUUCACGGGGUCUCUGUAGAAUGCUUUGUUUAAUACGUUGUUGUUGUUUUUAUUCCAAAUAAAAAAAUCUGACUACUUAA